AUGUUUUCCAGAGGUUUAAUGGCGAGGAGUGCGGCCAUGAGUGCGGCCAUGAGAGCGCUGCACAGCACCAGCAAGAGGUCGCUAACCAUUCCUUUCUUGCCAACGUUGCCCCCAACCCCAGGCGGAGUCAAGGGCGAUGUGAACGAUCCAACUUACACGCCGCCCCCUGACAAGCUACACGGGUCUAUGCACUGGGACUUUGAGCGUUUCACAGCAGUGGCGCUAGUCCCGCUUGUGGGAAGCGGGCUGGCCUGCGGCGCGGGCCUGAGCGUGGUUGCCGACUCGCUGCUGUGCUCGGUGCUGCUUGCGCACGGCUACGUGGGCUUCCAGUCGUGUAUCAUCGACUACAUCCCCAAGCGUGUGUACGGCAAGAACCACAACUAUGCAAUGUACCUGUUGACGCUGGGGUCGCUAGUUGGCGGCUUCGGGAUCUACAAACUCGAGACCGAGGAGAACGGUAUCACCGGCCUUGUCAAGGCACUGUGGAACGCGGGGAAGGAGGACAAGGAAUGA